AUGAUUCUACCAGCUAUUUGGUGGUUAUCAUUUGUAUGUUUUUUAACUUUAGUCGGAAAUCUUCUUGUUAUAUUAGCUGUUUAUCGUGAAACAUCACUUCAUUCUCCAACAUAUUAUUAUAUUGUUUCAUUAGCUGUUGCUGAUCUUUGUGUUGGAGUUAUUGUUAUACCAUUAGCCAUUUUUUUUGAAUUAGCAUCACCAUCACCAUAUCAUUUAUUAUGUCUUUUAUGGCAUAUAACCGAUGUUGGUGCAUCAACAGCAUCAAUACUUGCUUUAUGUGUUAUUGCAUUAGAUCGAUAUAUAGCAAUAACAUCACCUAUUCGAUAUCCAAGAUCAUUUAUAGCUCGUCAUUCAUCAAUUGUUAUUGCUGUUAUAUGGUUUUGUUCAGGAAUUAUUGCUGGUCCAACAAUAAUUAUUUUAGGAGGAAGAACUAAUUUAUUAGAAUCUAAUAAAAAUUUCUUAAAUGAAACAAAAAAUGAUCGAUGUGAAUUUCCUUCUGAUCCAAUGUUUAUUAUAGUAUCAUCUUUAGUUUCUUUUUAUAUUCCACUAGUUAUAAUGGUAUUUGUUUAUGGACGAAUAUUAAUAUUUGCUCGUAGACAAAUGACAGCAUUACGACAAGGCUAUAAAAGAACAACAAGUGGUGAAGCAUAUCAAUCGUCACCAAUCGUAGCUAGAUUUUGUUUUCGAAUAGUAAAAAAAAAUCGAGAUAUACCACCAAUAAAAACAAUUGAAAAUGUUAAUGCGAUAUCUAAUACACCAGAAACAAUAACAUUAAGAAUUCAUCGGGGAAAAUAUUGUCGAUCUCCAUCACUUCCACCAAUUGUACCAACACAUCAUCGUCUUAGUCAUAGAUCAUUUCCAAUAUUAAUUUUAAAUCGUUUACGUAAAAUUCAUAAUACAAGAAAUUGGUCACGAUUUUCACGUGAACAUAAAGCAACAAAAGUUUUAGGAUUUGUUAUGGGUGUAUUUAUUGCUUGUUGGUUACCAUUUUUUGUUUUUCUUGUUCUUACCGGAGUUUUUCAUAUUCAUUUUAAAAAUUUUGAACAACAACUUUUUCGUCUUUUUACUUGGCUUGGUUAUACCAAUUCAGCUCUUAAUUUUCUUGUUUAUUCAUUAACAUCACGAGAAUUUCGUUUGGCAUUUAUGAAACUUCUUUGUCCUCGUCGUUAUGUCCAACAUUUAUUAAAAAAAAAUGCUCGUACAAAUCAACCACAACGAGUUUAA